AGCCGAGGCCAAAUUAGAGACAGCUGCCACACUUACAAACUACAAAAAUCCUUCAAAACAUGCAGUCGGGGCCCCCGGCGUUAUUCACUGUUCCCCCGCUGCACAGUGUCCCCCCUAGAAUAUUCACACGGUCCCAUGUGACAGUCAGUCCCUGAGUUGUCACCGUUCCUCAGACCACAAUGUCAUGAGUGUGGUUUAUGUCUCCGGCUCAGCUCCCCGAGUGAGAAGAGGGGAAAGAACAGGAGGAGACACAGCAUGCCGAGGGAAUCUGAUCUGAAAUCUUUCCAGGAACCUCGUGACGGAGGUUCUCUGAUUACUUUGUGCUGCCUGGUAAAACAACACAGAGGUGGAGACACCGCUGUCCAUAUAUACGAUGCUAUACCCCCCAAAACAGAACUGUCAAGUAAAGCUUAGUCUCUAUUACUUCAGUCUAUUAAAUUCCACGUUGUGGUUAAUAUGCAAUUUUUGCAUUCUUGAAAAAAAAGUGUGACCAAUAGCCCACCACCACUCUCAUAUCAAGCUACAGCUAGCCGCCGGUUAGCUUAGCGUAAAGACCUGAAAAACAGGGAAACAGCUCGCCUGGCUCUGCCCACAGGUGUAAUCCACCUAUAAGCUAAUCAACAUGUUAUUGUUUGUUAAAUCUGUACAUCAGCCAAAAGUGCAAAAGCUGCAUUGAUUUAGUGAUUUGACAAGGAAGCAGAUAUAUGUGUGUAUAUAUAUGUAUAUUUAUAAAUAUAUAUAUAUACAUAGGCACGUGCACAGGUAGAGCCCUAGUGGUGCUCAAGCACGUGCCCCUUUGCCCUGGAUGAGAAAAGUGCCCUUUCUGUAUUCAUGUCAAAUACACAUUAUUGUGGUCGUCAUGCUCCGGUUUAUUUUUUCUGUUUUUUAGAUGUGAGACGGGAGUUGUUCUUCCAGAAAGCCCGUCGGCCCAAAGAUGAACGUUACGAUUAAAGUCUGUUUGAUUCACUCUACAGGUUGGAACCGACAUGCCACGUUCAGCGAGUCCAGAAGGCCGAGCCCUGUGUCCGGCUGCUGGGAGGCGAGGAGCUUCCAGACGGACUCUUCAGGAGCUGCUGGACGAGGUGCCGGCUCAUGUCUCCUGUCCUCAGCCUCCAGAGGACGUCAUUCAUGCUGCUGAGGAGACGUCCUCCUCCAUGUCGUCUGUUCUUUGGUUUUGUUUCAAUGUUCUCCAUCCAGUUAGGAGACGGAGCCAUGGCCGAGGGAAGCUGCUUCGGUGCGCUGUAGCCGCUCGGCGUGACCAGAGCCGGACCUUGCCCUCGGAAGAGGAAAGGAGACAUCUGCUCCGAUAAGGAUAGGAGCCGAGCAAGGAAUCUGUUGGACCUUUCUGUUUAUCAGGGAAAGGAAUUCAAACUCUUGUCGCUUCAAGAUUAUUCUUGUUUUUUAAAAUUUAUCAUCGGCUGUUGCCAUCCCGGAAAGAGUUUGACGCCAUGUGCCAUGUUAUUGUCACGUGCCGCUCCAUGCUGUGGACGCUGCUCAGCAUCGCGGUGGCCUUUGCCGAGCUCAUCGCCUUCAUGAGCCCCGAUUGGCUGCUGGGAUUCCCUCGCUCUGACCCCGGGGCCGGCGCGGGCCCCGGGGACUACCGGCCGUCUCUCGGCCUCUACAGCCGCUGCCUCCGCGUCGGGUCCCGGGGCGUGAUGGUGAGCUGCGCGCCCUACGCCGGGGCCUUUGGGGAAGUGGCCAGCGGCUUCUGGCAGGCGGCCAUGUUGUUUCUGGCCGCUGGGAUGUUCGUGCUGGGAGGCGUGGCCUGUAUCUCCGUGUUCAGCAUGUGCUUCCAGAGCAUCAUGAAGAAGAGCAUCUUCAACAUCUGCGGACUGCUCCAGGCCAUCGCAGGCCUGUUGCUGAUGGUGGGCCUCAUGCUGUACCCCGCCGGCUGGGGUUCCGACAAGGUGAUCGGCUACUGCGGGCCCGAGGCCUCGCCCUUCAGGCCCUCCCUGUGCUCCCUCGGCUGGGCGUUCUACGCGGCCAUCGGGGGGACGGUGGGGUCCUUCCUGUGCGCCGUUCUGUCCGCGCAGGCGGAGAUCGCCACCUCCAGCGAUAAGGUCCAGGAGGAGAUCGAAGAGGGGAAGAGUCUGAUCUGCCUGCUCUGAGCCUGAGAGAUCAUCCCCGUGUGAUUUCUUCCCGUAGAUCUCGGUGGAGGGAGGACGGACAUUUCUCCGAGUGAUUAACUUCGAGAUAGUUUUGGAUAAAAUCAAUGAUUGUUCAAAAGAUGGAAGACUCUGUGACGACUUCAGGCUGAGCGGUUAAACGGACAAAAGGGCUCCGGCACACCAGCAGACCAAUGCACUUUGCCUCUGGACCAAUGUUUUUCUGCCCGUGACAGUGUUUUUAUAUUUGUACUAACUCUCACCUUAAACAAACCACUGUGCUGGGAUAGAUUAGUUUAGAGGAGUUGGUAGCGGACGCGUCGUUAGCGUUCCCGCCAGACUAACUGUGUAACGCCACUAUAUGUUCAUUCCCACGGUUCACCUGCAAACCACUGAACACACUGCCAGACGCCUGCACUAAAACUCUACGCAACAGCUCGCAUGUGUGUGGGAGUGUCUGAGUGUGUGUGUGUGUGUGUGUGUGACAGACAUGAACUUUUGAGGUUUCUAAACGUCCACAUUCUCCCGAUUGUACGGCACAGCAGGACAGUCAGACCCCGUUAAAUGGAUUGUUUGCGCCUGUUAACUAGUUGAGUGUGUGCAACGGAGCAGGAAAGGAACAGAGGUUCAACUUUCAUGGUGCUCACAGGUGGGGGGGGGGUGGAGAGCAGGCUCCACUGUAUCUGGUGAUGGGCUCUCUUAUGACCCCGAGUACAGACGAGAUCUGGCUUUGUAAAGACGCUCAAGACACAAAAAGACAAAUCCAAGAAGCCUCCGUCUUUGCUGGACGAAUGCAAAGCGGAUCAACAGUGUUUUUUUUCCUUCCUGAUAUUUUCGGAGAUCCUCCCCGGUAUUGUGUUUUUUGCACUCGGCCCUCGACUCGUUCCACUCUGCUUCCUAUUUUCCCAACCGUGAUUCCUUGGAUUGCUGUAAAAAAUGUUUUAUAUAUCAACGUGACCGCUUUGUAGAUGAGAUGUGCAAUAAUUCAACUCGAGCGGGUUUUUGCCGCAAGAGCGAGCGAGACCCAGAGGAUGAGACAUUCCCGGUCCGUCUGUGCCUCAAUGAAUAGGUUUACUGUGUUUUUGUUACAUUAACAAAAGAGUUAACGGCCCCCGCGGCACAUUGAAUGAUGUCACAUUGUCCACGUGUGCGUGUGGAAAGAUACAGUCCGUACUUUGUACUCCAAUAAACCAGGCCUUCUUUAGUAA